AAACCACAAGAAUGUCAUCCAUUUACCAAAAAAAAAAAAAAUGUCAUAUGUUUUCAGUUCACAUGGAAGAGUUUCGAAGAUACAAUGAUUAUUUCAGCACGUUUGGAACCUCACACGUACCAUAAACUCAAAAUAUAAGAGCAGAAAAUCUUGAAAAGAGUGCUAAGAAGAUUCAGGCUUCAUAUGUUAUCCACAUAGACAUAAAAUUUCAUAUUUGAUUUAAUAAGUUUCGAUAGACUUUGUUUUUGUUGAUAACAGAAAAAAUUGUUUUACGAAUUAAAAAAAGAUUCAAUUGGUCACUAUAUACUAGACGAAAAUGAACAAAGAUUUAUUUAAUGAAUUGAAUAAAAAUAUGAAUUUUUGUUCAAGGUUUUCUCUUCAGAAUUGGAGAAAAAAUAUUUCUUUAACAUUUUCUUUAUAUAUGAAGAAAUUAAAAGCAUAAAGGGGAAUUUUUUGUUAAUAAUUUGAUUAAAAUAUUUGUGAUAAAAAUUUGAUUGAAACUUUCUUUUUAAGAUCGGUAUGGUACAAUGUCGAUUACCAAACCCGGUUGAUUUACUUCGUGAAGUUGCAAACUUUUUUUUAUCCCUCGGUCCGUCCUCCUAAAGCGAUUACUUGCGGUGGUGAAUCAUAUCGAGUUAUCGACGCGCGGUGAGUUCCUCAUCUCAGAUUUGUUUCUGUCUUUGCAUGUUUACUCAAGAAUCACAAUUUAAUAUUUUCCGCGUAUUAUAUGAUGCUGUUGUCUUUGAGAUAUUAGGGUUUGGUUUUCUCACGUUGGGUGGCGAUAGAAUAAGCGAACUGCCAGAUUCUUCGCGAAGUCAGAUACUCUUACUCCUUACGACCAAAGACUCGAUCAAGACAAGUGUUUUAUCGACCAGAUGGAGAGACAUUUGGUUACAUGUUCCUGGACUUGACCUAAGAGUUGACGAUCUCCUCCUUAUGGUCAAGUCUUUCCAAGCUUCAUCUACAAAUAAAUUAAGUUUAACCACAAAUCACGUCUACAAAAGUUCAAAAUUAAGUAACACGUAUGCAAUGACUAUCGGGAUCAGUUCUUGGAGUGGAUUGGUCCAUCAGUUGAACGCAGGAUCCAGCAUUUAGAUGUUGAGACUGAUAUUGUUUCUUGCAUGCCUCAAAACAUUUACAAGAGCAACACAUUGGUCUCUCUAAAGCUCGUAGCCGUAGGACUCGAGACUCCAAAUUCUGAUGUUUCUCUACCUUGUCUCAAGAUCUUUCCUUUAGAACACAUUUUGUAUGAUGAUGAUUCUUUGACCUUGGAGAAGCUCAUCUCAGGUUGUUCUGUUCUUGAGGAUUUUACUAUGAUUAGGCAAACUUAUACACCUGGAACAGUUAUGCUGUCUCUGCGUAUGAGAUCUCAGUCUCUAAAAAGCUUUCGUCUCACGUUUGAGUAUACUAUGGAGGGUGCAGAUUUUUCGGUGGAGAUUGAUGCUCCAAAACUCAAGUAUUUGAGUUUUAAGGAUAAACAGUCUGAUAAGAUUGUAAUCAAGAAUUUGAGCUCCUUGCUCAAGAUCGACAUUGACACUGAGUUUCAUGCCAAAUAUGGAGAUGCUUUGGAUCCGAAGGAGAGAAUGAAGAGGUAUACUAUCUCUGAUUUUCUCACCGCUUUAUCUAAUGUAAAACAUAUGAUCAUCUCUCAGCGUACUGUAGAGGUAUGCUAUAUAGUAUGCUCUCUCUCUAUAUUCAACCCGAUUCCUAUAUUUGAUAACUUGUAUCGUUUACAAGCUGCAUCCUGUAGCUACAUGUUACAGUUAUUGCCAAUCUUUCUUGAGAGCUGCCCAAAUCUGAAAGACCUCGUUUUGGACUGUUUUGUUUCGACGGAGCCAGAGCUAACUGAACUUAGCUAUGUCCCUCAGUGUUUGUUAUCGAGUCUGGAGUCUUUUGAGAUUAGAGGAUUGAGUAUGGACGAAGAAACCGGGAAGAAACUAGUGAGGUAUUUUCUGGAGAAUUCAGUACUUCUCAAGAAACUAAUUCUGCGUUUCAAAGAUUAUUCUAUACCAAAUUAUGAUUCAGAUAUCCUCAAGGGGAUUCGUACAUUCACAAAGCGUUCUCACAAAUGUCAGAUCAUCAUUCAUUAACAAUAUGUCAUUAAAGAUCAAUGUAGUAUAAUAUUUUGUUAUAUAAAUGGGCGUUGGUUAUUCUGAUAUUGGGUUGGAAUAAUUCAAAAUAAUUCAAUUCAUCUUGUGAAAAUUCUAGCAAGUCUCAUUUUUCUCCUCAUUCUUAACAACUAACUAGCGUUAGAGGAGCAGAGUCAGAGUGUCUUUAUUACAACAAGAUGAUCAAGACAGAAUUUAAAAGACAAAACAGAGUUUUUUUUGUAUGAUUUGUACAUUAGAUGAAAAAGCGUACUCCUAAUCUUGUGAAGAUCACCAAAGUUACUAUCUAGAAUUCCAACAGUAUUGUAUAUAUCAACCUUCAAUUCACCUAAUUAGGUCACUUCCUACAGCACAGUAUAUAAAAUGAAAGAAAAGGUCCAAAUGAAAAAUGAUAUUUGAAUUGGUGUAGAACUAAUCAUCAAUCAAUGAAACAAGUGAGGCAUAUUUACAAACAAGAGAGAUAACUUAAACUGCCACCAGUUAUAGCCUGAGUCGGUGGCAACUUCUUCUUGGAAAUCUUGCUGGAAAAGACUUGGUUGUCUGUGUUUUGUUGGAUUUGGUAUAUAUGUCUGUGUUUUGUCUAAGUAACAAAGCAAUAACGAAACAAACUUCUUCAGUUUGCAUCUGUCACACCUAGACAAAGAUUUGCUUUGAUACUUUGAUUGAUACGAUGUCUCAAGUUAGUUUGAUUUGGUUCAAUUCUUUUGGUUUCGGAUAUUUUGGUCAUGUCUUGUUGAAAACUGAAACUUAACUAACAACAAAACAAGAAUAUCAAAUUAAAAGAUGUUAGUUAAUUUUAUGUUUUGUACAAUGUCAAUUCCUGUGUCAAUUGAUUUAUAUUUUGAAGUUGCAGUUUUCUCAUCCUAAUUGUCAGCGGCAAAUCAUAUCAACGGUGAGAUCCUCAGUCUCAGAUUUGUCAGUUGCAUGUUUACGUACGUACCUUAGAUUCAGGAAUCAGUUUUGAAUAUUUCACGUAUAAUUUGAUGUUGUUUUUUUAGGAAUCAUGGUUUCAUUCUGACAAUGGGUUGCAAUAGAGUAAGCAAAUUGCCAAAUUCUUUGCGAAAUCAAUCAGAUACUCUUAAACCUCACGACCAAAGAUUCAAUCAAGACAAGAGUUUUAACGAUCAGAUGGAGAGUCUAUUGGUUAUAUAUGAUCAGAGGAAAUAUUUUAUUUUAACGAUCAGAUGGAGAGUCUAUUGGUUAUAUAUGAUCAGAGGAAAUAUUUUAUAAGGCGCAGCGUACGAAUGGGUGAAUCUGAUCUGAUCCUCCAGCGUCCCUAUUGAAGACGUCCGAAGUUGUUAUGUCAGCCGAAAGCUCGAUACGAUACACAUUAUCGUUGAUUCUUGCAGUAACUUUCAAAGGACCUAUCUUCUUGGCCUUAAGCUUGUUGUAAGCAUGAGAAGGCACACGAUCUCUGGUUAAAUGAACCCAAACCACGUCGCCCGCAUCAAAGACCAAACGGCGACGACGUGAAUCAGCUGCAGUCUUGUAUUUCGAAGCUGAUGAUUCGAGCAUUUGUGUCGUCCGAACAUGCGUCUCUAAAAUGUUGUCGACGAAAGCUGAAGCGUCACCAUGAAACCGUGUACGAUCCGGUAAGAAAGAGAGGUCAUCAGGGGCCCUCGGAAAGAUGCCGUAGAUCACCUGAAACGGGCUGAGGCCUGAACUCUGAUUGACGGCUCUGUUAUGCGCAAACUCAUCUUGAGGAAGACGACCAUCCAAAGUACGAAUUGUGUCGCCUACUAACAGCGUAAGAGGUUUCCCAAAGAAUGAUUAACAACCUCCGUCUGACCGUCACUCCGGGAUGAUAUGCAUAACUCAUAUCCAAACUAGUAUUGAGCAGUUUCCAAAGAGAACGCCAAAAGUGGCCAAGAAAACGAGAAUCACUAUCAGAAACUAUGGAAGACGGAAGACCAUGUAGACGAUAAACCUCACGGAAGUAAAGAAUGGCGACCUGGAGAGCGUCAGUUGUCUUCUUGCAAGGAAUAAAAUGAACCAUCUUAUAGAAGCGAUCAACGACCACAAAAAUAGAAUCAAAUCCUUUUUGCGUUCGUGGUAAGCCGACCACAAAGUUCAUGCUAAUAUCCGUCCAUGGUUGCGUUGGGAUAGGAAGUGGCAUGUAAAGGCUUGCGUUUGACGAAUGGCCUUUGGACCUCUGGCACGUGAUGCAACGUUCCACAAAUCUCUCAACAUCUUUUCGUAAUGAUGGCCAGAAGUAAGAAGUGGAGACCGAGUGAAGUGUACGAUCUCGGCCUAUAUGACCCUCACCAUGAAUUUCCAAAAUCAACUUGAGGCGCAUGCUACAGUCGGGGAUACACAACCUACUAUCUCGGAACAAGAAACCAUUACACAAAGUAUAUGGAGAUGGAAGGCCGGUAAGCGCGUCCGAAAAGAACUUCCUAAAGAAAGGAUCA